AUGAAGGCCUCUUUUCUUCUGGCUCUAGACCGCACCGCCAGCGCGCCGACUGCCCCAUUGGACGCAGCGCUUGUUUUUGGACACGGCACUUUCCAACGACUGGCACUGAUGUGCGCCACGCUUUCCAUCUUCAUCGCAGUAAGCAACAGCCUCGUUACCGUGGUAUUCGCACGGCCCGUGGAGCACUGGUGUAGACCACCGCCGGAGCUAGCUUACAUGCCGACCGACGUCUGGAAAAACCAGAGCAUUCCCGUGGAACCGGACGGCACGUUCAGCAAAUGCACCCGCUACGAGCCUCCACUGGACGCGGGAAAUGCCACGGAGAACCGAACCGUGGUCUUCUGCGACGAGUGGGACUACGCUCUGGCGACCACGGGGAAGUCCAUCGUCAGCGAGUGGAACCUGGUUUGCCACAGACACCGGCUGCUUUUGCUCCAUCCGCUUGUAUACUUCGGUGGAGCCGUCGCAGGGAGCGUGAUCGGGUGCCUUGGGGACAGCUUUGGCCGCAAACCUGUCUUCCUGGUCGCGCUGUUACUGCUAGUCGCCUCUGGCAUGGCCACGAUAUUCUCCAACACGGUGCUCACGUUUAUCAUCUUGCGCUUUGUGACAUCGGUGACAUCUUUGACGGUUUUGAACAUGGCGUCCGUUCUACUGUUCGAGGUGACAAAGACAACGCAUCGCGUCGUCUUCUGCGCCUUUGCCGCUUCGUGCACAUCCGCCGCGGUGACACUCUUCCAUUUUCUCUUACUGGUGGUUGGUGGACACUGGAGGGUGGCUCAAGCGAUGCUUAUGGUGCCGACAAUCUUCCUCCUAUUCGCUUCGUACGCCAUUGAAGAGUCCCCUUGUUGGCUGCUGGCCUUGGGCGACAUCCAAGGCACCGAGCGCGCAGUGGUCUCGGCUGCCAAGGUAAACGGCUAUCCCCUAGAUGACGUUAAGGCCAAGAUGAAUAAGAUCAAGUACGAGAUGUUGCGGAGGGGCAACACGCAAAUGAACAUUCAACAACCGAGCCCUCUUGACCUUGUCCUGAACAGCUCUUUGCGCUUCCGAUCCAUCACCCUUUUUUCAAGUGCGUUCAUGACGCUCCUUCACUACUACGACACCAAUUUCAACAAGACCUUGGUUGAAAACCGGACGGUGCACAUAAUCCUAAUUGUUGCGCGGCUACCAGUCUCGAUAGCCUUCUUGUAUAUCCUGCACUACCUGAGCCGGCGCAGGAUGCUUUGCGUCGCCUUGUUACACAUGUCGGUCCUGCUAGGCUUUCAGACUUGGCUGGAUUGGCAAGAGGACGACAGCAUCCUGCCCAUUGUCACAAUUAUCUUUAAGGGAAUCGUCCUGGAUAUGAUUCCAAUGGCGAUGUUCGUAUACUUGUUGGAGAUAUUCCCCACUGUGCUACGAGCCACAAGCUUUUCCUUAUGCACCAUGUUCGGUAGGAGCGGAGGUGUGCUAUUGGUCUUUAUCAGGGGACCCAACCAGCCAAUUAGUCGAGCACUCGCCAUGGCGGUAAGCACGGUGAUAUUUACUCUCAUCGGUUUAGCUGUUCUUGCAUUGCCCGAAACGACGAAGGUCAAGGCCACCAACACCAUUCGCGAGACAGAACUUGAGGACAUGUGGCAGGAGUCUGCCAGAGACAACGCCACGCGUCUGCAAUCUAUGACUUCGCGAUUAGAUGUUUCUAAGAGGUCCUAG